AUGGCCUAUGUGCUAUCCCAGUCAGAAGAGCAAGAGCAGUAUGUCAUCAUCAGCGGACACAGUGGAUCAGGUAAAACAGAAGCUGCCAAAGCAAUUGUGCGAUACCUGACCAUGCUGUACCAGAGAUCAGCCAGCCACAGGAUCAGACAGCCCUUCAAUGUCCUACCCAUCCUAGAGAGUUUUGGGAAUGCCAGAACCAUCCUCAAUGAUAACUCAAGCCGUUUUGGAAAGCUUCUCAAUGUCUACCUGCAACAUGGUGUCGUGGUGGGAACAUCCAUCUCCCAGUACCUGCUGGAGAAGUCUCGUGUGGUAUUUCAGGCCCAUGGUGAGAGGAACUACCAUGUGUUUUAUGAGCUACUGGCUGGGCUGCCUGCGGAGCAGAAAGAGGAGCUGUACUUGCAAGAGGCAGAGUCUUACUUUUACCUGAAUCAGGGCAGAGCAUGUGACAUCGUGGGGAAGGAGGACAGUCAGGACUUUCUGAUCUUGGUGCAAGCUCUGGAGAGAAUCAGCCUCUCGGACGAUCAGCUGACUUCCACCUGGGCUGUGCUGGCCGCCAUUCUGCAACUGGGGAAUAUCUGCUUUACGUCCUACGAGAUGACAUCCUAUGAUCGGAUCUUCACCCCCCUGUCUGUAGAAGGAGCCAUUGAUGCCAGGGACUCCAUUGCCAAGACUCUGUAUUACCUGCUCUUUGAGUGGCUCUUGCUGAGAAUCAAUGAGUGGUUGACUCCCUGGGAAUCGGACUGUGCAGUUGGCAUUGUGGACAUACAUGGGUUUGAGGAUCUAGGUAUGAACAGCUUAGAGCAACUCUGUAUCAACUUUGCAAAUGAGCAUCUCCAGCGUUUUUUCAGCCAGACUGUCAUUGCCCAGGAAGAGGCCACCGACCACACUUUCCUCCAGAAGUGUCAUUACCAUCAUGGAAACAGCCCUUGGUAUGCCAAGCCCAAGCUGCCUUUGCCAGUCUUCACUGUGAAGCACUAUGCAGGCCCUGUCACCUAUCAGGUCCACAAGUUUCUUAAUAAAAACCGUGAUCAGCUGCGUCCAGAGGUGCUGGAUAUCUUCUCUCAGAGCCGCCUCAAGGUGGUGUCUCACAUUUUCCAGAAGGCUAAAGCUGCCUAUAGUCAGGAAAGGAUGCUGGGGGCCAGAGGCAAAGGGCUCAAGCCUCAGGCCUCCACACUGGUGUCCAAAUUCCAGCAGUCUUUGCAGGACCUCACCGCCAAGCUGAGAAGGAGCCAUGCCUUCUUCAUUCGGUGCAUCACCCCUAAUCCCAAAAAGCUGUCAAAUAUCUUUGAUGUGGAGCAUGUCACUCGUCAGUUGCGGCAUUCUGGGAUACUGGAGGCCAUCCACAUUAGAAAGGAGGGAUACCCAGUCCGUCUUCCAUUCCAGAACUUCCUAGCCAGGUAUGGCAUUCUGGCUGGGCCAGGGCACAACUGCUUGGAGGAGAGAGAAGGCUGUGUGGCCAUUCUGUCUCGUGUGGUGGGGAACCCCUCAGAUCUCUAUCAGAUUGGAGUAACAAAGCAGGAGUUAGAGGAAAGGAAGCGAAGAAGGAGGUCCCUGGCCAGUGGUGACACAGAGAACAGUCCCAACCAAGGAAUGGAUGUGGGACUGCUGGAGAUCCCUGCAGAGCUUGCUGCCAUCCUGCAGGUAGCUGAAGGUCAGUACCGAGCACAGGCCAAACAGAUAACUGAGGCAUUGCCUCCAGAAGUCAAGGUCAAAGAUGACCUUUCCCUCCCACCCACCAUCAACAGCUAUCCUUUCUCCUCCUUCAUUAAGUCACACUUCCAGAAGACAGAUUUCCCUGCCCCUGGUCAGCCUCUGCAGCACCCCUUAACCCGCCUGGACACUGAAUAUCAUGAGGGCGCGCUUGAGGUCAACAAACUGAUUUUGCGGUUCAUUGGUGACAAGAAUAUCGACGGCUGGCAGGAGGUACUUCUGGGCAACUACAUUGCUGGGAGAGGUUUGAAUAAUGUGGCUCUGCGCAACGAAAUCUUCAGUCAGGUGGCUGCUCAGGCAUGGAAGAACCCAGACAUGGUGCACAGCCAGCGAGCUUGGGUCCUGAUGGCGAAUUUGCUGAGCUGCUUUGCCCCUUCACCAGAACUGGAGAAGCCAUUGCUGAAAUUUGUGUCAGAUCAUGGCAUGGAGGGCUACAACGCUGUUUGCCAGCGCAAGAUCUUGACAGCAGCACAGCACACAGAGAUAGACUCUACAUUCUCUCGGGCCUACCCUCCUACUCAGCUGGAGUGGACUGCAAACCAGAGGAAAGGGAAGAUGGUGCUGGAUGUCCAUACCUUUAAUGAGGAGAAGUUCUCAGCCGAGGUGGAGUCCUGGAUGACUGGGGAACAGUAUGCAGGCUGGCUCCUGAGUGCAAGGGGCUGUGAUAAGAAGUCUCGAGGGUGGUCUAUCUCCAUGUUUACUGGCAAUGCGUGGCAGGACCUGCUGGGCUGUGACUUUGUGCUGGAUCUCAUUGGAGAGACGGAGGACGCCAGCAACCUCUGCAGGCCCUUUCACUCCUCAGCUGUGUACCCCAUCACUGCUGAAAGGGAGAGAAGCUUCCUUCAGAACUCUGACCUGGAUUCGCUUCUCUGGAAUGACUCAAGCACCAGUCUACCAGCCCAUGCCUUCAAUGAUGGGAAUGCCAGCAGCCAUGCCUAUGAUGCCAGCGGCUGGCGGAAUUGCACCUAUGCCAGAUGUGUGUCUUCCACAGCCAUGGUUGUGCCCCAGUCUAUGGUUCCAGCUGUAGAUCCCAAUCAGUUGGCAGCACAACAGCAAGCCCUCAUCAAUCAGCAAGCCAUGCUCAUGGUUUACGACUACGCGGAGGACCAGUUCUCCAGCAGUGAAGAUGAUUACUAUCCUCUGGAGACUUUCCAGCAGAAGAGGGAAUAUUUUCAGAAGAUGGGAGAGCAACAGAUCCAAGUGAAGAAAGUCAGGCCUCCUUCCAAACCUUGGACUCCUCCAGCAAAGCCCCAGCCACAGCAGGAAGAGGUAAAUGAGGAGGAGCCAGAGGAGAUGAAAGAAGAGAAGCCUAGCCCUAAACCAGAGGCUGCUCCUGCUCCUCCUUUGCCACCUCCUGAGCCGAAGCCAAAAAAGCAGACACCAAGAGUGAGGAAGGAGACACCUGUAGUGAAGCCUUCAGGCCCUGAGUCACGGCCUGCACCCAGCCGGGAGAUCCGCAACAUCAUCAAAAUGUACCAGAGCAGGCCAGCCCCCGAGCCCCAGCCCAUCGAGCCUAUGAGGAGGGUGCCCAAGCCAUUUACGAAGAAAAAUGAUCCCAAAGACGAGGCUCUGGCCAAGCUGGGAAUGAUGAACCUCUCAUUUCCCAAAUCACCAACCCCCCUGCCACAAGAGAAGAAAACACCUCCACCUGUCAAACCCAAGUCUGGCUCAGCUUCCAGCUCUAUCAGGGAGAAGCAGUUGCCUCUUCUGUCAAUUUUCAGCCAGGAGAAUACCUCACCAGUUUCCCAGGCCCCUCCUGCUCCCCCUCCUCCCCCACCACUGCCUUCGCCUCUCCUGCCUGAGAACCAAGGCUGGCAGGAAUCCACAGGGAAGGGCUCUGCUGUCACAAUAGCAGAAGAUGAUGGUAUCAAGACCCAGCUGUACAAGCUCACCGCCAGUGUCAGCUUUUCCUAUGUCAACCCUGCCUGGAAAAUCUUUCUGCGCAAAGAGGUGUUUUACCCCAAAGAAAAUUUCAGUCACCCUUAUUGUCUGAACUUGCUCUGUGAACAGAUCAUGCGUGAUACCUUCUCUGAUUCCUGCCUUCGGAUCUCCAGGGAGGAGAAGCGCAAGAUGAAAGACCUGCUGGUGGAGUUCCGGGUUGGCAAUGAUGUCCAGUCCAUUCAGGAGGAUGGGAUAAAGAAGAGGAUUGUACUGGCUGCUCGGGAUAACUGGGCUAACUAUUUUUCCCGCCUUUUUCCAGUUCAUGGUGAAAAUGGAAGUGAUGUCCAGAUCCUUGGUGUUUCUCAUCGUGGCAUGCGGCUGCUGAAGGUGGUAAAAGCAGCUGGCUAUAAUCCUGAGCACCUGAAGAUUCUUCGCAGCUUCAGCUUUGCAGAUGUGCUGUCAGUGGAACUGAAGGGCAGAAAUGCCCUGGAGUUCUCUCUGAAGACAGAGCAGCUCCUCCUGCACUCUCCAAAGGCUCCGCGCAUCAAGGCCAUGGUGGAACUCUUCAUCCAGGAGCUAAGACAGGAUACCAACUAUGUUGUUGCUCUGCGCAGCUACAUCACGGAUGACAAGAGCCUUCUUAGCUUCAAGAAGGGUGACCUCAUUGAGUUACUGCCCAUGCAAGGCGUGGAGCCAGGCUGGCAGUUCGGCUCCACUGGUGGCCGCUGUGGUAUUUUCCCCACCAGCCUGGUGCAAUUGGCUGCAGCCCCUGAUUACCUCAGCACCAGCAUGGACAGACGUGAAGGGCUGCAGAAGAGCAUGAAAGCUUCCCCAGAGAGCAGGAACAACAGCAAGGAGAGUUCUGUUCCCAGCCUGACAUCAGAACCCAACAGCAUCAUGUUAGUCCCUGCUGGUGACCGUUAUACUAUGAUAGACUUUGCCACAGCCUACUUCCGAGAGGCUCAGUCCAUGCACAAACUGAAGGGGAUGUCUGCUGAAAACAAGAGUGUAGCUGACCUGGUCCAGCACACUAAGGUCCCAAUCCAGGCGUCUUUGCUCUUGUACUCUGACAGUGAGCUGAAUGAGCUUGCUACAAAGAACUUCAAGACUCUGAUGCGAUUCAUGGGAGAUCAAUCAAAACUCAAGAACCAGAAUGAGGUUGAAUGCAUCUAUGAAAUCCUUCAGCUGUGCAAGGAGAAAGAGAGUUUGCAUGAUGAGAUCUACUGCCAGGUCAUCAAACAGGUCACCCACAACCCUAACCAGGAGAGCGUGCUGCGUGGCUGGUUGCUCCUAAACCUGCUAACUGGGUACUUCCUCCCUUCUAAUAUCCUGAUGCCCUAUGCCACCAAGUUUCUGCAGCUAGCCAGCAGUGAUCCAUCUAGCACCCACCAUGAUAUAGCCAAGAUCUGUCAGAGCAACCUACGGAAAAACUUCAUGUAUGGGGGCCGUCGCCACCUUCCUUUCCCUGUGGAGAUAGAGGCGUUGCUGAAGGGGCGCAGUGCCCGCCGGCUAGUGAUACCGAUGCCUGGAGGUGUGGAAUACCUCACCAGAAUCAAGACGUUCACUGUGGCCAAGGAGCUCUUGCAGGAGAUCUGUGAGCAGAUGGGGGCAGACAAAAUGGUGAGGCCAAUAAGAUCAGAGGAGUAUCUUCAUGAUUACCUGCUGGAGGACAAGUUGGUCACUGUGACUUUACGCAGGCUCAUCUGGAGGACACCUCUGCACUUUGAAAACAAAAUUUAUGUUGAUGUUCAUUAUGGACAGAUGCUGUGGGAUUACCUGAAUGGGAAGAUACUGUUAAGCCAUAGUAAAGAAAUGGAGGUGCAGGUGGGCAUUUUGGCAAUGCUCCAGCACUGGGCCAAAACAGAGCAGCAGAACUCCGCUCCUUCCAGGGAAGAGCUGAAGGAGUACACACCGAAGACCCUGCAGUCCUCCAUCAGACCCGAGCCUCUGCAGGACCAUGUUGGCAUGCUACUGAGAACCAGGCAGCGCCUUCAGCCAGUGGAUGCAAAAAUCCAGUUCAUAGAGCACAUGAUGAAAUUGCCUUUCUUUGGCUACAUCACCUACUUUGUUGAGAGAGUCAGCGAUGACACAAUCCUUGUGCCCUGUUUCUUUGGUGUGAAUAAAGAAGAGAUCAUUGUGGUGGACAGCACCACCCAGGCAGUCUCCUGCGUCAUUCCAUUGAAGGAGCUGCAGAAGAUGCGAACCCUGCAGCCUAUGUCUGAUGGUGGGCUUCCUGGCAUAGAACUGAACUAUGGCUCGGCUGCCAGCCCCAAGACUAUGUGGCUUGAACUGUCACAGGCUAAAGAAAUGUAUCACACGAUUGUUGUCAUCCUGGAGAAAACAGAGUUGCACCACUAA